CCUACACUGGAUCAGUCUUCGUCUAAAAAGCAAACUUAUUCUUUCGACGCCGUGAUCCAUUUUCAACGUAACAACCGUCUAGUCAUCAUGGGAACUCUUUUAGGACACAUGCUUCCAGGCUCCUUUUUCAUAUUAUUCGCGAUAUGGUGGCUAAUUUCCAUUUCUCGAAGAUAUUACCGUUCUCGGCUGUCACGUCAUGGAGAAGACUACAGGAGUAGUACGAUGUAUACCAGUUCAUGUCUACCAAGAGUCCCCAUCGAAGGCUUCUUUAAAAUUGUUGCUACUUCUAUAGGAAUAAUAGGUGAAACGGCGACGGGAUUUGAAAAUGGUCAUUGGACACAUUGGGGCAACGCUCAGCACAUUUCAAUGUUCCUUUUCUUCGGUUUUACCGGCGUCAUUGAUGUCCUCUACUUUUACAAAGUCGAUAUUCCACCGAAUCUCGACUAUGCUUCAGCUUUUCUUGCGUUUGGCAUCGAAGGAUUCUUAUUCGGAAAUCAUCUUCAUGGCAGGUCACACAUGGACGUUAUGGUCCACAUGUAUUUGUUUUACGUCAUCAUAGCCUGCGUGAUAUGUGUGGCACUAGAGGCUCGCUAUAGAGAAAAUGUCACAGUUGCUUUGGCUAGAACCUAUUUCACGUUUCUCCAAGGAACGUGGUUCUACCAGAUCGGAUUCAUCUUGUAUCCCCCUGGUGGUAUGGCUCAUUGGGACCAAGAGAACCACGACCAAAUGAUGAUAAUCACCAUGAUCUUCAGCUGGCACUGUGCAAUUGUGGCUGUGAUUAUGUUCUUCUUCGUACUCAUUGUUGGCAAAAUGGUCAAGAGGGGAUCCACUGGAAACGAUUUCGUCCGCAAUGACAUUCAAUAUCAAAAGGUUGGCGCGAAUGGCUUGAACAGUGGUGAAAGUUCUCGACCGAUUAUUUCGAAUAGUUCAACUAUGAGACAGACCUUCGACGAGACCAGCGAGGACGAAGUUUAAUGAUUGAUUAAUCAAUAUCUGUUAACGCUAAACUAGCUACAACUAGCUAUUUCGUACACUGUCCAACUCUUUCGAUUCUUACAACGGCGAUCAAUAAAUUGUUCAAGUGCA